AUGUCUUUCCGCGUUCAGAAGGCAGCAGCCGCAUCAUUUCAACGGCUUGUGAGGUUUGUCAACGCUCAGGGGUCCACCAAGUUUGGUGAUCUGAAGACCAGACCAACCGGCGUUAGUCUCGCCGGCGCGGAGGUUGAAGUCCUCGAGGGUGAUGUUGGCAAUGGUUUCCGUGGCACUGGGAAAAUAGACAAGAUCCAGAAGCUUCUGUGUCCUUUGCCCCAAGUGCAUGCGAUUAUGUGCAUUGGACUCAACUAUCAGAAGCACGCCACUGAAGCCAAUCUACGAGUUGCCCCGUAUCCUGUUCUCUUCACCAAACCAGCCGAUGCUCUUGCUGGGCCUAAUGAGGACAUACUAGUCCACCCUGACGCUCAAAGCAUGCUCGACUACGAGGGUGAGUUGACAGUGGUCGUCGGCAAAGACGCAAAGAAUGUUCCCGAGACAGACGCCCUGAAAUACGUGCUUGGAUACACGGUUGGCAACGACAUCUCAGCGCGCUACUUCCAGCUGCCAGAGACAUCAGGUGGCCAGUUUUGUUAUGCCAAAUCCUUCGACAAGUUUUGCCCCAUUGGGCCUUGUAUCGUGUCCCCUAGCCUGAUUCCAGACCCGCAAAAGCUCCAGCUUGUCACCAAGGUCAAUGGGCAGGUGAGGCAGCAGACCGAGACGUCGGACAUGAUUUUUUCGGUGGCCAAGAUUAUCUCUCACCUCAGCCGUGGAAGGACACUGCGGAGGGGAACGGUUAUUCAAACCGGGACCCCGAGUGGAGUCGGUCUGUUCAUGGAGCCCAAGGGGUUCUUGAAGAAUGGGGACGUGGUUGAGGUGUCAAUUGAUGGAUUGGGGUCGAUUAGCAACAAGAUGGUGUUUGAGUGA